UAAACCGACCCCCCUCUCAACUUCGUUCUCGACUCCUCUCUGCUCGUCUUGCUUGAGUCUCCAUGGGGGCGACUCUUCUCAGCUCCCACCGCUUCUAUUCCUGCCUCUUCAACGCGAAGCCUCUAAAUUUUCAAGGUGGCUGCGCAGAACACAAUCUACAAUUUUAUCGUCCCACAUAUCCUAGAACACGUUAUAGUCUCAAGAUGAAUAUGGGGAAUUCUAAUCGAAGUUAUUUUUUUAUGCUAAAUCGAUCAUUCAUGUCAAGAAAAAACAAAAGAUUUGCUGCUAAUUCUUCAGAUCAACUCCGAAGUGACUACAUGAAUGUUGAGGCAACAUCUGCAGAAUCUCUUAAUCUUGAAGUUAUUCCACCACAACCUACUGAUGGAGCUGAUUUUGUUAGGUUGCAUGGUGAUGAUAAAUUAGAGACUCUACAGUAUAGAUCGAGAAGAUUUAGAAAUAGGUUUCUAAACUUCGUUCGCCUAAGUUCUGUCCUCAACAAUGCUGCAGAAUCAUUUUUCAAGAGUGAGAUACGGCGAAGGUUAUUUGUAACAGCUGUACUACUUGUAAUUAGUCGUGUUGGAUAUUUCAUUCCUCUACCUGGAUUUGAUAGAAGAUUGAUACCUCAAGAUUACCUUAGCUUUGUCUCUGGUUCUGUUGAUGACCUGGGUGAUUUUGGAUCGGGCCUAAAACUGUCCUUUUUCCAGCUUGGCAUCAGUCCUCAGAUUAUAGCAUCAAUAAUUAUGCAGGUGCUCUGUUAUGUUGUUCCAUCCUUAGUAAAGCUGCGGAAGGAAGGUUUAGAUGGCCACGAGAAGAUAAAGAGUUAUAUAUGGUGGCUUUCACUUGGCUUUGCUAUCUUGGAAGCUGUAAUAGUUGCCUGUAAUUCUCUCCAAUAUUCAAUUUACGCAGCAAGUUACCGGGCCAAGCAUGUGAUGGUGACAACUUUUUUGCUGGUUUGUGGUGCAAUGACUAUGACAUGGAUCUGCGAUACAAUAUCGGAAUCUGGAUUUGGCCAAGGUUCAUCUCUUGUAAUCUGUGUGGGAAUACUAACGGGCUAUAUAGAAACAUUGCACAAGAUGUCAUCUCAGCUCUUGGGAAGUGCUGCGAAUUGGUGGCCGUAUAUACUUGCAGUGUUAGGUGUUUUUACCAUAGUUACUAUGUGGGCAGUUCUUGUAACUGAGGGUUGUAGAAAGAUAAAACUGCAGUACUAUGGAUUCAAACUUGCUUCUGCUGCAAGAGAAGGUUCCCCGAUUACUGAGGUGGAACCCUAUAUCCCUUUUAAAAUCAAUCCAUCAGGAAUGCAACCAAUUCUCACAACAACUUAUCUCUUAGCAUUUCCCAGCAUUCUUGCUAGUAUCCUUGGUUCACGUUUCUGGGAGAAUGUUAAGGAGAUAUUGAACCCUGAGACAUCUGUUGGUGCACCACCUUGGAUUUACUAUUCAAUUUAUGCUUUUUUUGUCUUUCUAUUCAACAUAUUUGACAUUGCCAACUUGCCGAAGGAAAUAUCAGAUUAUUUGAAUAAGAUGGGUGCCAGAAUACCAAAUAUAAAGCCUGGGAAAGCAACAAUUGAGUAUCUCAUGAAGAUUCAGGCGUCAACACGGUUUUGGGGGGGCCUACUGCUAAGUAUUUUGGCAACUAUGUCAACCAUACUGGAUCACUAUUUACGCAGUAUCAAUGAAGGAUUUGCAAUUGGUCUUACUUCUGUUUUAAUAAUUGUGGGUUCCAUUAUAGAACUUGGAAGAUCUUACCAAGCAUAUAAUGUUAUGCCAAGUUUAAGCAAAGCUCUAAGGAGAUAUGGUGUAUAACAUUUGAAGAGGGAACAAUUCAUUAGUAUUGACGACCUGAGACUCUCCGAGGACUAUUGAUCAUUUUCAAUAGCUGUGAUCUAGUCAAUCAGAGCCAGUGUUCUAGGGAAGUUUCUGCACAAAACAAUAAGCACAAAAAUCACCUGAUUGGAGGUAGAUUAAUUCGGUGCUGGAGUUGAUUCUGAGACCUUGAUUUUGGACUUGGACAAAGGACUGCUGCAUCCAGAUAAAGGAUUAUAUCCCACGAGCUAGUGAACAGUCAAUAUGGUGGAAUAUAAGCUUGCAACUUAGUUAUGUAUAAAGAUCGGAACCAGGUCUAAAAUUUUUGUAGAUUCAAGUGAUUCUCGGUAGAAAGAUUUGGAUGUAAAAAAUUAUAGCGGUAGGGUGUUUUGGACUCUAAAUUAUGUAAGCUAUUGGUGUUGCUUAUAAUUUGUACUUGAUGCAGUUUGUAUUUAUGAUUAACAGAUGUACUAAUAUAGUAGGAUCACCCUGAGAUUUUUAUGAUUCGAGCAUGAUGCUGUGCUUGAAUGCUCUCUUA